AGACCCAGCACUGAACUCUUAAUAGCAGACCUGCUUGGAUGCUGUGCCUGCUGCUCCAUGCACCUGGGAGCCUGUGCCUUCUUCUCACGUCCCAGUUAGAGUUGUCAUUGCAUCUGUGAAGAGAGAGCAAGGGCCACCAUCUUGGUAGCACAUAAUGUGUGAAGAACUAGUACAACAGUUGAUUAACUCCAAGACUCAGCUUCAGCAAGUCGAGGCAGCCUUAUAUCAAAAUCAAGAAAAUGAAGACUUGCUUAAAUUGAAAAAAGAUCUGCAACAAGCGAUAGAGCUGACCAAACAGCUUCUUUCUUCCCACGCCCAACCUUCAUCAUCCCUGAGAGGCACCGAUGGUGACAAUCAUGUCUGCGAUCAGCUCCAUACCUCCUGGAAAGUGGGGGAUGACUGCAUGGCCAUCUGGAGUAAAGAUGGCCGUUAUUACAAAGCCGUGAUUGAAGAGAUUGAUGAAGAGAAUGAGACUGCAGCCAUCUUGUUUGCUGGCUAUGGCAAUGUGGAAGUCACAUCUCUGCUGACCCUGAAGCCCAUGGAGAAAGAAGUGAAGUUAGAGGAGGCUGACAGUGAGGCCAAGGCAAAGAAAGAAAAGCUAGCUCGGCAACGAGAAUAUAAGAGGAAGAAAGCCUGGAAAAAAGCUCAGCGAGCCAAGGAAAUGGAUCAGCAAAGUGAGGCUCAGAAGGACAAAUGGCAACAAUUCCACAACAAGGCCUUCUUGAAGAACAAAAAAGGCCAGGUCAAGAAGAGCGUCUUUGCUUCUGCCAAGACCAUAAAUGGUAAGGUGGAGAUCGGAACAUGUGGCAUUACAGAUAAACCCAUGAGAGAUGAGUCAAAAUACAAAAUCCGCCAUUUGAUGCCUACGUAACCAGAGAUGCAGGUUGAAUUGUUCUGUGUAGGGGUCUGCGCUUCCCUUUCUAGUGCCAUAUUUUUCUAAAGGCAAAUUAUUUGUU